UUCCAGGGUGGCGGUGCGGUGCUGGGCCUCGCAGCCGCUGGGUAUGGCAGCGCGGAGGAAGGACGUAUGUGUGUGAGACAGAGACCACUGCCCGGGUUAACACGUCAUGAUAAUUUGCUCAGGAAAGGGUGUGGGGAUCCGAGUGAGCUCAUUUGCUGAGGGCCACGAAUGGCGGCCGGAAGGGGAUGGCGUGGCCAACAGAAGAUAAAAUACAACCCUCCUACAAUUCUAACACAUUUCAUUUAUUCACUUUUAUGUCCAGGGUAUACUAGUGUAAUCAGAGUUCUAUUCGCAGGACUAUUCUGGCGGGAAGAGAAGGGGAAAUUGGCAGUGGAAAGAGUGCAUUCGGAAUCUAGAACUCUAUCUCAGAGGGCAGUUUCGGGUGGAAUACUCUGAAUUUUGCCAGAGACUGUCUGGCCUCUUCUCUGCCUCAAAGUCCUUACGGUUUGAAUCGGAGAGGGUAAUUUACAAAAGGUACAAUUUAGGCUAGAAACCAGAGAGAAUAUAAAUAUAGCCCUAAGGCCAUAAAGACACAUGCAUUUGGGACUGAGGGAGACGAAAUCAACCAUAGACAUCAGGCAGAAUUGCCGAUCGGUCUCGCCCGGUGCUGAAUUAGCAUUCCAAAGCAGAAGGAGGGACAAAGUGACCUUUGGAAGGGUCUUCAAGUGUCCGGGGCUCAGAGAUGGGGCCCCGGGGAGGGAACUGUGGCUAGUUCAGGAGGCCAUGCCUGAUGUUGCUUCCAGACCCCAUGUCAGCACCGAGUCCUCAGUUGCUGGUGGCAGCUGCUCAGCAGGCCCUGGGAAAGGGAAGGAGACGGGGCCCACCCCGAUCUGUCUGCCUCCACCUAGCCGGAGAAGUACUGGCUGUGGCCCGGGGACUGAAGCCAGCUCUGCUCUAUGAUUGCAAUGGUGCAGGGACAUCAGAGCUCCAGAGCUAUCUGGAGGAGCUGCAGCGUCUGGGCUUCCUGACCCAGGGACUUCACAUCCUUGAGAUUGGAGGAAACAGCCUGAUUGUCAGACCCGAGCACGUGUGUCAGCACCUGGAGCGUGUGCUGCAGGGGACUGUAGCCUUCGUGGAUGUUUCCAGCUCUGAACCUCAGCCUUCUAUUCGCUCCCUGGAUCAGCUUCAAGGCUUGAAGUCCCUCAUAGCUGAGAUCAUCACCCAUUUGCAGGGGUUGCAGAGGGACCUAUCCCUGGUAGUCUCUUGCAGCAGGCUCCGUUCCUCAGACUGGAAUCUCUGUACUGUGUUUGGGAUCCUCCUGGGCUAUCCUGUUCCCUAUACCUUUCACCUGAACCAGGGAGAUGACAACUGCUUAGCCCUGAUCCCACUACGGGUGUUCACUGCCCGGAUCUCAUGGCUACUUGGUCCACCCCAAGUCUUGCUCUAUUCCUUUAGUGUCCCAGAGAGCUUGUUUCCAGCCCUGAGGGACAUUCUAAACACUUGGGAAAAGGACCUUAGAAAUCGAUGUAGGACUCAGCAUGACUUGGCCAACCUCACCGUCUCCUCUGAGACAGUCACACUGCCAGCUGUGGCCCUCUAGCUGACUGUCAUGUAGAAAGUACUCAGUAAAUGUCCAGCUCUAAGGCAGGGAUCGCAAAUAGGAAUCAUCUCAAGUGCCAGUUCCUAGCAUCUUGAGAACUCUAGGGAAGAAUGCUGUCGUCAGUUGGCCACAUCUAUGAUGGGCAUGGGAACAGGUGGAGGCGUUGGCAGCAUUGGAAGUAUAUAUGUGCCAUUUCUAUACGAGGGAGUCCUCUUGACUUAACUGAGAUGUCUUCCUUUUUCACUGGAUAGAAGAUGGAGGAAAGAGAUUGUGGAGAAUAAUAAGGGAGGUGGAGGACAAGUAGCGUAUCCUUGUACUUUAUGCAUGGUAAGGUAUGGUAGGGUUAUAAAUAUACCUACCCUCGAUGUGGGUAGUGUUCACCAGGAAUUAGCAGGACUGGGUUUCACUGAAUAUUUAUAUACCUCCACCUGAAUUGGACUGAGAACAGUAGACUUGGAUGCUCAAAUGUCUUAUCUUUGUGAUGUGAUAGGUCAUUCAGGAAUAAACAGAAUUCUGGGGACAGAGACUGUCAGGUGCAGUUUAUUUGUUUAUUUUACAGUA